ACAAAAAUUUUGGGCUUUUUUGUUGGAGUUUUAACAGCAGAACCUGCCUGAGUUACGGUGCUGGUGUCACGAAGUGUGGGUCAGUGUCAGCCAGGUGAACAGGUUGUGCAAGGAGCCCGUGAACGCCGCCCACCAGGUGUGAACGGAGGCUGACUCACAUUUUCAGCACCGAGAAGUCGACUCUCCCAGCGGCUCUUUACUCCGACACACCACGGGAACGUUUCGAUUCAGGACUCCCUUUAAUAAAAGUACAUGAAGGGACUUCUACAGAGGAAUUAACCGUGCUGGAGUUGAGGCAGAACCAAUGUUGAGUCCCAUGUAUCGGAUAUGGGCUGCGCUUCUCCUGGGAGGACUCCUGGCUCCAGGGCUGCGACCUGUCAGUGGGAUAGAUAUUUCCACUCCGAGUUCAGUAGAAGCAGUCAAUGGGACGAAUGUGAAACUGAAGUGCACCUUCAGCUCCAAAUAUAAAGUGAAUCCUCAGUCCGUCGCAGUGUCCUGGAACUUCAGACCCCUUAACUCGGGAAGCGAUGAGUCGGUGUUUUACUAUCAUGAGACACCGUACCCUCCCCAGACAGGACGUUUUAAAGGCCAUGCCGUUUGGUCGGGAGACGUUACGAGGGGAGAUGCUUCCAUCACCCUCCAAGAGGUGCCUCCGACCUUUAAUGGCACCUUUGUCUGCCAGGUGCGCAAUCCUCCAGACGUACACGGCAACAGUGGAGAGAUCAACUUCAGAGUUGUCAACAAAGUGUCCCUCUCUGAGAUCGGCAUCCUAGCGGCCGCCGUGGGAGGUGCCUGUGGGAUAAUAAUGGUCCUCCUUGGUAUCUUCGUGGCAGUGAGGUACUGCAAGAAAAAUCGCAUGGACAAUGAUAUCGAGCUGCAUUCCCGAGAGCAGGAGUGGAAGGAUCCAACUGUGUGGUGAGGGAUAGAGAACCGGAGCUGCUGUGCUCCUCUUCCUCUUGGGACUGGUGUGGAGUCUUAUUGGCUGUCUGGGUCCGUUCUACUGGAAGAGAAAAAUAAAAGGCAUCUUCUUCUUCCAUGUUUGCUCCUCCUCGGUGAACCUCUGAGAUAUUUUUGUAGUUUAUUUUGACUACUUCAGUAUUAGAGCUACAAAGAACCAUCUUUCCAAUUUGUUAUAAUGCUAAAUCUGCUGUAAACACCUUUGUAUGUUUUUACCAAAAGUUGCUAGUGAUUGAAACUUUAGAAUUAACUUUAUAUAUAUUUUUUUAAAUAUUACUGAAUAUAGUUUUAAACUGUAGAACAGGAGAUGGAAAUAUGGAGGAUUUUUCUAAGUGCGAUUCUUCAACCUCAAUUCACAGCAGCAGUGCUGACUGCACCAGUGAUGCAGUUUUACAGUUUUCUGUAUUGAUGUGCAAUUUGAUCAUACAACCAGUGACUAGUUACAGAUGUUUUUGUUUGCUUUUAGAAAAUCAUUGGCUAUUUAAUGAAUUUUACAGACUUGCGCUUUUAAUGAAUCAUGACGUGAAUAUAAAACACCUGUAAUGUGUCUCUAACGAGCCCUUUAGCUCUAGAUCCUGCUGUCGUGAAUUGAGCUAUAUCCUCUAUUUCUUGCUACUGAGGGGUGACAUUUUUAAGCUCUUGGCAGAUAAAAAAGAUUUUCUUUCUGGGCACAAUCUUCCCUUUCCUCUGUGCGCAGCGGCUACAAUAACAACAGUUGCUUCACAGUGCCUCUCUCUGCCUUGUGAAUACAGGUGAAGAGUUUUACAAAUCCAAAACCCAGAGGACAGUGAACUUGUUUUAGUGGAGAAAUGUUGAACUGAUGUUUUGGUCAUUUUGUCCAAGGAAAGAAGGAGUACAUUGAUUCUCUGCGCUUGGUUGUUUUCAAACUGAGGAUUCGGGGUGUCUCCCUUUCUUUUAUUUUGGAAUUGGAUGUUUGUUGAGGUAAACCAGUGCCUUUUGUAUAUUUGCUGCACUUUUCAUGCGCUCAGAUAUCCACAAAUUGCCCAUCUCACUGUUUGCGUUUGUGUGUGUGUGACUGAAUUUGUUUGCCGGGGUUGUGUCAGUUUACCUGAAGAGGCAGUUCAUCUGAAAAUUGUGGAGAAGGAAAAAGAAGUUGAGAGUUCAGACGAUGAAGAGUCUGAGCCCAGCAGUGGAGAUGAUGAGGAGGAGGAAGGACUUGAUGGUGACGAUGAUGACGAUGAUGACGACGACGACGACGACGAUGAUGGUGAUGAUGAUGAUUAGAUAGAUAGACACUCAUUUGAGUAGAAUUGUCUUUUUCGUUAUUCAUCAACAUUUUUAAAUGUUCGUAUUACAUUCGUAGAACAUACGUUCAUAGAUUUAUUGUACUUUUUCAGAUUUCAGUGCAUAGUGGUCACUGAAAUACAGCAUACAUCACAGUAAAUGUUGAAUUACUUCGCCAAGUUAGCAUCGUGCUCCUAUAUUGUGGACUCACAAUGGAUAGCUACAAAAAGGCAUUAAAAGCCGAGCACAGAGCCAGAGAUAUUGUAUUUUUAUUCCAAACAUUUUUCUUUCUUGUCACAAUCUGGUGCCUACAUUACCCACAAUGCAGCACAACCACUACAGCUUAUUCAGUUGCAUUUAGCAGCUCAUGUAGUGUCAAGCUUCUGGCCUCUGGCAGAGAUUAAAGGUGGACUACAACGUCCAUACCACCUAAUUUUUGCAGCGAAAAUGAAUGUAAAAUACUGCAAUCUUCAACUACAACCAACUCACGUGACACCACAUCAGGCAAUUUUUAGAUUUCACACCACUCCCUCUGGGACAACAAAGGUUUUUUUUAUUAUUAUUUAUAAGAGUAUCACUCCCUAACAGCUGUAGCCAGACUUGAUGUGUAAAAUUGGUGGAGUUGCCCUAUGUGUAUUUAAUGGCUGCGUGGGUUGCACUGAUCGCCAUGCAGCUGUGUUUUUUGUGCAAAUUUGACUGGAUUUCCACUCAAACACCAGUAAUUUAUUGCCCUAUCCAAAAUUUCAUGAAUUUUCAUGCUGAAUAAUGGACUAUGGAUUUUUGAAGAGUAGAUCCAGUUUACUUUGGCUCAUUAUAACACCACUCCAUACUGGUGCAGAUAAUCGUUACUUCUCUUUGCUGCUGCCACAUCAAACAUUCCCCCUGUUUACACUCUAAAAGCAGCGGCAUUUGAAAACAGGUACAGCAAAACUUUCAAUAAAACAUGACUUUUAAUUUGUCUUAUAAUUGUGAGUGGUGUUGGAUGCUGCUGGAAAUGACAUCAGGAGGAUCGGUGCUGUCUUCUGUUUUAGGCUUCCAGGAUGUUCACAGUGAAACUAAUGAGUGAGAAACAAAGCAAAGUGUUCACUACACUGACAACAUUGCAUGUACAAGUGAUUUUGUAUUAUGAUUUUGUAUAUAGUGUAAUAUAAGCAGAACUUUACACUUUCUUUGAUCAAGUCCUGAAAUAAUGUCAUGCAUGUUUUUAGAAACUUUGGAAUAAAGAAAUUCUUUUUGAAAUUA